AUGGCAAGUAAACGGAGGGUUGGUAAUGAUAAUAUUAAUUAUAGUUCAGCAUUAAUGAGUAGUGCUAUACAAGAUCAUCGUGCGCGCACGCUUGACCUUAGUAUGCCUGGUCGUUCGUUAACUCAAAAUAUAAAUCGUCCUCGUCCUAUUAAAACACAUCAAAUUCAAUCAGUUAUUGAUACUGGUCUAAAAAAGAAAACAGAAACAAAUUCAUCAGUUCCAACACAAACAUUACCAGUAACAAAAUCAUAUGAAGAACGUGAAUAUGUUCUUCAAGAUCCUCAAACUUUAAUAUCUUCUCAUCGUCAACGAGGAACAUUAGCUGAACGUAUUGGACUUAUUCAUAUGACAAAUAAUGAUGCAGAAAAUCAUUUAACUGAAGCAGCAUGGAAUGCAAUAAAACAACGGUCAAAUGAUCGUCAAGAUUCAAAUUGUCCAUGUGCUAUAUGUCAAGAGGAUUUUGGUCUUGGACAACAAGUAUUAUUAUCAUGUUCACAUGUAUUCCAUCGAGCUUGUUUAACAACAUUUGAAAAAUUUGUUUCUCAUAAUGCAAAUGGUUCCGAUCAUCGAACAUGUCCUAUUUGUCGUCGUGCACAAUAUGAAAAACGUAUUAUAUAUGAAGGCGCUAAAAUUCAUCGCGCUAAAUGUGCAUCUCGUAUACAAGCUGCAUGGCGUGGUUAUAUUGUUCGACAAUGGUAUAAAAAUUUUCGUCUUGAUAUGUCAAAUAUACCAAAUGAUACAAAAUUACGUCGAAAAUUUUAUCAAGAUAAAUUAUCUGAAAUAACUGAUCGUAUAAUAGCAUCAUGUGAUUUUGAUUUAAAUGAUUUAUUUAAUGAAAUUGAUCGAAAUGUUGAACGUGCACGUGCUAUUCGUCAAGCAUUUGAUGCACGAAUACGUACUAUUGAUGAUGAUGAAUGGCAACAAAUAAAAGAACGUGCCAAACAACGACAUGAACUUGAAUGUUCAAUAUGUAAAUGUUUAUUACAACCAAUUAUUAUUGAAACAAUUAUUAAAAAAUCGAUGAAAACAAAGAAAAAUAAAUUAGAAAAAUUAUUUCCACAAUUAAAAUCUAUUGAAGAAAAAUCAAUAGUCAAAACACAAGAAGAACAACAACCAAAAAGACCAUUAGUAUUACUUAGUUGUUCACAUGUAUUUCAUGCAACAUGUUUACAAAUGUUUGAAGAAUAUUGUUGUGAUGCAACAUCUAACUGUCCUGUUUGUCGAACAGCAUAUCAAAAAAAUACAUAUUCAUUCUAA